UAGAAAUUUUGAGCCGUCUUCGACGCACGGCAUAACCCUAAAAUUUCUAGUUUUAGUUUUAUUUCUUAUUCCAUCGGCAGUAACGGUUGUGAAAAAUGUCACUUGAAAAAGUAAGGUUAGGUUAGGUUGAAAAACUACUUUUUUACAACAGAUAUAGGAGAUAGCAAACAUCGCUUCUUAUGAAUCGCCAAUAUGAAAGAAAAUCUUCGACAACGCACUGAAGUACGAAGCGUGAAAAAUCCCCUUCAGAUCACUUAUUGACUUUAUGGGGGAAACAAAACCAUAAAAUAACCGAAUUAUUUGUUUUAUUAAGCCGAAUGCAAUUUUUGGGAGCAAUGGAAGUUUUGCAAAGUUACGUCCCGGAUAAAUUCCACCGUUUAAUGCGGAAAAAAGAUGUUAAACAAAUUAACAAAGUGUCCGAUUCAAAAAUUGGAAUUGAUAACUUUAAUAAUAUCGAGAAUAAAACGGAUAACGUUAAAAAAGUCGAAGAAUUCUUAAAACCGAUUAAUAUCGAAACGAGGGAUGAUAAUUUUUCCGACCAAAAACCACCUCAACGAUCCCCAAUUCCCAAAAGACUCAAUAAUUCAGCAUUUUCCGCAAAAUCCGAUAUAUCGUACAUCGCCGAUUCGGGAAUUCCUCACAUAACCUAUGAAGAAUUACAAAAAUCCACUGAUAAUUGGAAUCCGGGUCAUAUCUUAGGAAAAGGAGGGUUCGGAAUCGUUUUUAAAGGCACUUGGAAAUGUACUAAAGUUGCUAUUAAACGCAUUGAGGAGAAAGGAUCUCAAUCCCCAAUGAAUCCCGUUCGGCAAACAGUCACAGAAUUAAAUAGUUUAAAUGCAUAUCGACACGAUAACAUUUUACCGCUUUACGGGUUCAGUUUUGAUGGUCCCCACAACUGUUUAAUCUAUCAAUACAUGUCUGGGGGAUCUUUAGAGCGUAGGAUUCGAAUUAAUGAUGCUUUAAAUUGGGAAUCUAGGUUAAAAAUUGCGAUUGGAUCAGCUCGAGGGAUUCAAUUUUUGCAUACAACAUCAAGAGAACCUUUGAUUCACGGCGAUAUCAAACCGGCUAAUAUUUUAUUAGAUGAAAAUGACACCCCCCGAAUCGGUGAUUUUGGGCUUGCAAGAAAAGGACCAAGUGUUGGUGAUAAAACCCAUUUAACCAUUAGUCAUUUACAAGGAACUAAGCCAUAUUUACCUGAUGAGUAUUUGCGUGGGGGGAAAUUAUCGACGAAAGUUGACACUUACAGUUUUGGGAUUGUUCUGUUUGAAUUGGCUACGGGGUUGAGUUCGUAUUCGGAAAGGAGAAAAAAUCGCUUCUUAAAAGAUCAUGUUGUACUCUAUGAUAAAGAUAUUGUGGAGCUACGAGAUGCACGAUUAGAAAAUUGUGAGAAAUAUUUUUUGGGGUUAAUUAAUAUUGGGAAAAGAUGCACUGAGCAGUGUCCUAGGGAAAGACCCGAAAUGGUCGAGGCGUUAAUCGCUUUAGAAGAGAUUUAAUUAAUUUUUUUAUUUUGACAUUUAUGUGUCAAAGUUUGAGGUUAUGUUUUUAUUUUAUGAUAU